AUGGGAGGCAGGGAGGAGAUCAUGGUGCCCAGAGCAAUGGGACCCACUAUUUCACCCGCCUGGGGUAAUUUCAGGCUGGCUCCUACACGGAAACCUGUGAGGAUAAAAAAAUUCAAAGCAUCCUCACGAAAGAUAAUGAGAGAUCCCAGCCCCACCGAGAUGAGCGCGGAGCCCUGGGCCAGCCCGCAGAACCAGGCCGCCGCUGAGCACAGCGUAUGCACGCCGCAGCCCUCACAGGACCAGGAGCAGCAUCCUGACCAACUCUGCUUUGAAUCCUUCUGGAGCGAGUUGGAGACCAUCAAACAGGGGGGUGACUACCCUGACCCCGACAGCGCGCGCAGGGAUUCCAGACAAUCUGACGGGGAGCAAGAGGAGCAGUGGCUAGUCGAUGUCGGUCUGUCUAACCUCAUCAGCGAGGACAGUGAAAAUGUGGAGAACACGUUGCUUCUGUCCACGCUAACGCGGACUCAGGCCGAGGCAGUCCAGCGCAGGGUGGAUACCUACACAAUGUCCCACCGCAAGAGGAACAAACAACGCCACGUACGCGAAGUUUUUGACACGUCCUUCAACCAGGAUUUGUCUGAUUCUCAGCAUAGUGAAGAACUGGCCAAGAACAGUAUGACAUCAGUCUCCAAAUCAGCUCCCGAGGAUGAGAUCUUCAUGACUGACGUGGCUUACUGCGAACAGGCUGUCAUCCUUUUAAAACAAGCCAAACUGACUCAAAACAACAUCCAGCGAAGGAGGGAGGACGGCACGCUGCCUCGGGUGAUCUGCCCCAAAUGCCGCCUGGGAGUCACUCGAAUCCAAGACCUGUCUCAUGCCGACGUGAAAAAGGUUCGCCAGUUAGCGCUAAUCGACAUGACUGCGCUGUGUGACCUAAUCGGUUUGGAAGUGAAACGGCACAAGAUGGCCAAAAGGAAAAUGCCAGAGAGUCCAUUGUUUGGAGUGCCACUGGCAACGCUAUUGGAGAAUGAUCAGAAAAUGGACCCGGCGACAACCACUCCUCUCCUCCUACAGAAGCUUUUUGCUUUCUUGGAAGACAAGGGAGUGGAUUCUGAGGGUAUCCUGCGGGUUCCAGGAUCUCUGUCCAGAAUCAAGUCACUGCAGCAGGAUCUGGAGGCCGACUUCUACGCAGGUCGUUUCAAAUGGGAUGAAGUGCGUCCCAAUGACGCAGCCACAGUUCUCAAGAAAUUCAUCCGAGAGCUCCCCGCUCCUCUGCUCACCGCUGAAUACCUCAACACUUUUAGCGCCGUUAGAGACAUUACGGAGCUCAAGCAGAAACUUCACAUGUUAAAUCUGCUCAUUCUGUUGCUACCUGAGCCCAACAGGAACACUCUGAAGGCACUGCUGGAGUUCCUCAACAAGGUGGUAUCCCACGAGAAGAGGAACAGGAUGAACCUGUGGGCCGUGGCGACCAUCAUGGCUCCCAACCUGUUCCUCCACAAGACCGUGCCCAGCAGGCUGACCGAGGGGGCCGAGAAAGGUCAGGUGGAGAAGGCCGCCGAUGUAAUGAGGCUACUCAUCCGAUACCAGGACCUGCUUUGGACGAUUCCAAAUUUUGUCAUGAACCAGGUGCGGAAACUGAACGAGAAUAGCAGCCGGCGCUACCAGUUUUACGAUCGGCGCUUCAAGAACCUGUUGAGGAAGAUCCACGCCGACAGCAAGGAAAAACCUGAUAAAAAUACCUCGGAGGCAUGCCGCACGGUGAAGAUCCAGAUUGGCGAUCGGGUAAACGGCACCAUGGACUUCAAGGUCAACAAGGACUCGCGAGCGUCCGACCUGCUGACCCAGUUUGAAAAGAAGGGCCUACGGCAAAGAAAUGGCUCUAUGUCCUCCUGGGACCUGUACGAAGUGGGAGGGAACAUUGGCGAGCGCCGCCUGGACUGCGACACGCACCUACUGGAUUUGUACAAUAGCAACUCAGGAGGCGAGUGGGUCCUCAAGAUCAAGCCCAAGGCCAGCAAAGGCUUGUGA